CGUUGGCGCCUUAUUGUGCCCGGCCGGCCCAGCCCCGCCGCGCCUCGCUCAGUCGGCGAGGGGCCGUUGGCGAGUGCCGAGCUGCUGCCCCCGGCGGUCACCGCGGCGCCGCCGCCGCCCGGCUCCGGGGCCCCGCCAUGGAGUAAGGCCCCCUCCCGCGGCCGGACGGGGCCCCCCGCCGCGCCUCGAUGGCUCUGGUAACGGUGCAGCGCUCGCCUACCCCCAGCGCCACCUCCAGCCCCUGCGCCUCGGAGGCGGACAGUGGGGAGGAAGAGUGCCGGUCCCAGCCCAGAAGCAUCAGCGAAAGCUUCCUCACUGUGAAAGGUGCGGCUCUCUUCCUGCCCCGGGGAAAUGGGUCGUCUACCCCCAGAAUCAACAACAGGCGCAACAAGCAUGCAGGGGAUCUCCAGCAGCACCUGCAGGCCAUGUUCAUUCUGCUCCGCCCUGAAGACAACAUUCGACUGGCAGUAAGACUGGAAAGUACGUACCAGAACCGCACGAGAUACAUGGUGGUAGUUUCAACCAAUGGCAGACAAGACACUGAGGAAAGCAUUGUCCUCGGAAUGGAUUUCUCUUCCAACGACAGUAGCACUUGCACAAUGGGCUUGGUCCUGCCUCUGUGGAGCGACACCCUUAUUCACUUGGAUGGGGACGGUGGGUUCAGCGUAUCAACGGACAACAGGGUGCAUGUGUUCAAGCCGGUGUCUGUUCAAGCAAUGUGGUCUGCCCUGCAGAGUUUACACAAGGCCUGUGAGGUGGCCCGAAGUCACAACUACUACCCAGGGAGCCUCUUCCUCACCUGGGUCAGUUACUAUGAGAGCCACAUCAACUCUGACCAGUCUUCAGUCAACGAAUGGAACACCAUGCAGGAUGUGCAAUCGCAUCGGCCCGACUCCCCCACCCUCUUCACGGACGUCCCCACGGAGCGUGAGCGUACAGAGCGGUUAAUUAAAACCAAAUUAAGGGAGAUCAUGAUGCAGAAAGACUUGGAGAACAUCACAUCCAAAGAGAUCCGCACGGAGCUGGAGAUGCAGAUGGUGUGCAAUCUGCGAGAGUUCAAGGAGUUCAUCGACAAUGAAAUGAUUGUGAUCCUUGGGCAGAUGGACAGUCCCACGCAGAUAUUUGACCAUGUCUUUCUGGGUUCUGAGUGGAAUGCCUCCAAUUUGGAAGAUUUACAGAACAGAGGGGUGCGGUACAUUCUGAAUGUCACUCGAGAAAUAGAUAACUUCUUCCCAGGCGUCUUCGAGUACCAUAACAUCCGGGUGUACGAUGAGGAGGCUACAGAUCUGCUGGCGUAUUGGAACGACACUUACAAAUUCAUCUCCAAAGCCAAGAAGAACGGGUCGAAAUGCCUGGUGCACUGUAAGAUGGGAGUCAGCCGGUCGGCCUCCACAGUGAUUGCAUAUGCCAUGAAGGAGUACGGCUGGAACCUGGACCGAGCGUAUGACCACGUGAAGGAGCGCCGUACGGUCACCAAGCCCAACCCAAGCUUCAUGAGGCAGCUGGAGGAGUACCAAGGGAUUCUGCUGGCGAGCAAACAGCGGCAUAACAAACUGUGGCGGUCGCACUCGGACAGCGACCUCUCGGAGCACCACCAGCCGAUCUGCAAGUCCGGGAUGGAGCUGAACAAAAAGGAGAUCACCACUUCCGCAGAGCAGCUCUCUGAGCCCAGGGCAAAUGACAACCACCAGCCUGCAUCUCCUGUCUUCUCCGUGGGGCCACUCGUGGACCGUCUGCUCCAGCAGGACACGGACACGAUCGAGGAGCUGUGUGCCAAAGAGAGGAGGAUCCAUUUGGAGUUCACAGCCAGAGGCUUCCGCGCUGAACAAAUAGAGGACGAAUUGAACCUGAAUAACAUCAACGGGUGUCCGGCAGGGUGCUGCUUGGAUGAGUCGGAAUUUCCCCUGGAUAAUUGCCAUUCUUCUGAGGCCUUGAUGCAACUUGCAGAGCCUUUGGAGAUGGCUACAGCAUUCCCUGAUCUGACCGUGGAUGAUCUAGAGACAGAUGCCCUUAAAACUCACCUGAACUUGCAUUUGGUACCCAUGGAGGAAUUCACGGCUUGUUUAAAAGACCUUCCUAGGUCGCCUGAUCAGAGUUCUCCAAGCCCACAGCUCAGUUCCCAGCCUGAAACCACAGACAGGAUUGAUUUCCUCAGUGCCCUAGAGAAGUUUGAGGAGCUGUCCCAAGAGAGCCGGUCUCACACCUGUUCCCACUCCAGGAUGGACGAGCAGGGAGGCGGGAGGAACGGGAUCUCCAAGAUGUCUGUGCCGGAGGCGCUGCCAGCAGAGACUGCUGUAGAUACCCAGAGGCACAGCUCUGCAGGCAACUCCCCUGCAGCACCGGAAGAGUCUUCCACAGAUGAGGAACAACCAGAGGACAUCUCCGAACUGACCAUCAUGGGCCCUCUCACAAGAUCCCACUCGGAAAAUGCAAUCUCUGUGAAAGAAAUCAUAACUGAAAUUGAAUCCAUCAACCAGGGCGUAGGACUGUGCCAGCAGAAGAUGGAGGGCUCAGCCAACCAUGCCCAAGCACCAAAGAGGAAUACAGCCCAUGAGUUGCCUGUAGAGGUGGUCUGGGCAUCUGAAAAUAACCCUGGCAAGGCUGAACAGAGCGAAGGAGCUUGCAUGGCACAGCAGGAAACGGCAAAAGACCUUCCAAAACCAGACCAGGAAGGUGCUCCCACCUUCCAGCCACCUACCUGUGUGUUGGAUGUGGAAGAAAGCGAUCCCGCAGAAGACCAGCAGGAGCCUCGAGUGCAGGGUCUGAACCCUGGGUCGAAGUGGUGUCCGGGGUCUGUUAAACGUGCCACCUUGGAAUUCGAGGAGCGCUUGAGACAGGAGCAAGAGCACCAGCAUGUUCCCCCCACGUGCUUGCUACCUACUCGCAAGAAUUCCAAGCAUGAUUCUGCAGCUGCCGAGCUUGCACCAAAGGGAAAGACCGAGGAACUGUCGUGGGAUCUGGAUCCUGCCCGUAGAGAGAACGAGAGUGACAAGAGCCCAGCAGCCGAGGGUUCACUGCCUCAUGGCCCUGAACUGCCGGCUGACACACACCUGUCGCCACCACUCACUCCUCGCCCUGUGCAGCCUGCUCAGGAGUCUCUGCUGGCAGAGCCUGGUGCCAAGCAGGACGUGCGCAGGACAGUGGUGUCAUUGGAUGGCUCCGGGGAGCCAGCCCUGCCUGGUCACCUCCCCAGGAGACUAGAAAUUAUCGAGUACUCCCACGUGGGCACGCCACCUGAUCUCCGUGAGCGUGACAGCAGCUGUGAGCAGGGCGUGCUGGAGAACGCAGCGGUGUUACUUCCAGUAGAUGAAAACCUGAACCCUUCGGUGUGCACUGAGAUGGCACCUGUACAUCCAGAUGCUCUGCCUUUGCUUAACCCUUCAGUACUAGAGCACAAGGAGCUCGGGCGGGCCACCUUCACCUUGGGCAGUCCCGAGGAAGAGUACGGAGCAGCACUGAUUAACCUGGAUACCUCUUCGUUCGUUGGCCAGGUGACACGCUCGCCUGUAGCAGGCCUGGAUUACCUUUGUCACCAACGCGUAGUUCAUCUGGAGGGCGUUAUGGAGCACAGCACGAGCACGGACGAUGAGCCAGCGGCACCGAGCAGCCUCUCAAGGAACGGACAUGUCCUGUGUGGGGCGAGUGAUGGUGCCUUCAUGGAGCUGAGCAACGAGGACUUAGAUUUCCUCAGUAACCACACUGACGCCGUGGGCAUCUCUUUCCCCCCCUGCGGCCUCCCCCACAGCUCCAGCAGCCCCAGCAUCAAAGACAUGAGUGAGACUCCCGGCUCAGUGAAGCAGCGUGCGAAGGAACUUGAGGCCCAGGUACGGCAAGCGGGGCUUACCACGCCGUCCCAGAUGAAACGCUCGGCAUCUUUAGCCAAGCUGGGCUGCCUGGAACUCUCUCAAGAUGACUUAUCCGAAAGGGAGUCAGCCUCUUCCCAUGCCGGCCUGACCCGGUCUGACUUGCUGCCCGCCUCCCCCAGGACUGGCCAAGGCAAGCGUGGGGCAUUGCCAGAGCACGGCUUGGAAGGCCUACCUGAAAAGCCUUGUGCCUCCUCUCCCCUUAUUCGCCAGGAUCCAAAGCCCACCGAGCAUUUUGUAGAGCAGCUUAAAACGACUGAGUGCAUUGCCCAGAGCCAGCCGGUGGAGAGGCCGCCAGUGCAGUAUGCCAAAGAGUUCGGCUCAGCUCCGCAGAGUUUGUGUCCCAGCACAGAUCCUAGAUUGACUAGCUCUGAAGAGGGUCUUUCGCUGCUACAGACGCAGGUACUAGACUCUUGGCUGCCGGCUCAAAGACUGGCUGUAGCACCUAGACAUCAACACGGUAGAACUCACCCUCUGAGGAGACUAAAAAAGGCGAACGACAAAAAGCGGACAAGCAAUCCGUUCUAUAAUACCAUGUGAUCCUGAGCCCUCAGCUGGGACUUCUUUUUAAACAAAACCUCUGAUGUUGUUGUUCAUACAAGGGGCAGGUGUAAUAUGUAAGGAACAUGCACUUUAUUCGUUAAUUUUAUAUAUUUUGUCAUUUUACUGUUCCUGGCGCAUGUAGAUUUGGGUUGUGUUUUUGUGUGGGACGCUGACUGCAAGACCAUUUGUUAUUUUUUUUAAUUAUUUUUAACUCAAAUAACCUCAAAUAUUCUUUGUUUUCAAAGAACACCUUUCGUAAGUGACAAUUGCUGUUGGCAGUUGGCUCAUCUCUCUGUGGUGAAAUCUUGAGGGUUAGAUUAGAUUGGAACCAAGUCACAAAUAACUUGAACACACACACACACACACACAAAUUGGUGCUAGCUGUGGCAGCUGGUGUAAAUAUGAAGGUUGUGCCAAGAUCUUGUUUGUGGCUUUUUCUGAUCCACUUCAAGCUAACUGGAACUCCACAACAGUGACAAAUUGCUUCUGAACCUGCCUCAGCGCAAACCCGUCUGGUUGGCUUGUGCCCGUGGCCCAAAGGCAGCGGAUGGCUGGGCUGCACUUUUCAGUCUCUCGCUGUGGCUCCAACUUUGGAACACAAACUUGCCCAAAGUUGCAUGGUUUGUUUCCAGGGAGUGGCUCCAAUGUGAUUAAAAACAAAAAAAAAAAUCCCAAAAUGUACAAGGUGUCUUGAUCGUGACCAGUGUGGUUAGAGACUUCAAACAGCAGUCCCUCCCAGAGCCAGCCUCUUCUCUGCUCCGACCCUGGGGCCGCCAAAUUCAUUUGAAUUUCAUAAUCUAAAAGAACCCGUUUUAACAGCAGCAAUGUGGGGGAGGGGGGGGGGAACUGAUGUGUGUUCUUUUAAAACAAACAAUUCUGUAGGGUUUUAACCCUUUCAUUACUUGAAUACUGCUGUGGGCCUUCUGCAUUAAUGGCCAUAUCAUCUGUUCACCGUUCUCUCCCCCACCCAGGGCUGUUCUUUUCCUAGUGCUCCCUCAGGUAUUCUCCCCACACUCACGUACACACUCAGCUGGCUCUCAAACGGGAAGGCUGAUUUAAUUGUUACAUGAUGUUUCCCCUCUUUCUGCUCUCACUUUAACACUUAACCUGGAGCAAUGAUUUGUCUGAAAGUUCCCUUUUUCCCCCUAAAUUGUGUACAUACAGUAUUUAUCUAGGUAACUUUUGUUAUUUCUUACAUUGUUUUCUUGAAAGGACAUUCUGUAAACUGGAAAACAAAACCACCGGAAUCCAUCUGAGUGGUGUUCAUUGGCCUCUGCACAAACGCUUGAGUGGGUUUCCCUUUGUAAGCUGUCUUCCCUCUCAGCAAGUGAGAGCCCGUUGCCCGCUUCUGCCAAAUGAUGUGUCCGUCUUGCAAGAGCCCCUGUUGCAGGAGAACGUUACCUACCCUCUUCCACUGCAGAAUGGCAGGAUUGUAUUUCAGAGCCAAUUCUGAGGUUCAGCUGGUUUUGCUAGAGAGUGAGCACAGGGCAGGGCUGAGCUGACCCUUGGCGGCUGGUUUCCAGUGGGGCAUAGCAGCACACUUCACAGAUGUUCCCUCUAGCAAAUUACAACUAGUUUGCUCUUUGUAGAAGAGCGGCAGGACCGACUCGCCGUCCUGCAGUCCUGGCGGUGCCUCUAGGGGGCUGUUGGUGGGGUAUGGCAUUCUGUUAACCUCGCUGGCUACGCAUCCAGCCAGAACCGAAGUAACUAGCAAAACCACUGAGUGUUCUUAGCAGCCACUCGUUGCGGGGGGGCUGAGCCCUGCCCAGGCACUGUUACGGGAUCAAAGGUGCUGUGCGCACACCAGUUUUGAGGGUGAUGUGAAACGUGCAGUGACCAUGACUCAUGGAGAGCUGCAGCUGCUGAGAGCAGAGCUCAGUUGGGUCCUGCCAGGACUCGCGCCUGGCGGCAGGGCCAGUCCUGCAGCGCCAGGGUCUGCGCAGAGUUCAUCGCGUAGCAGCAGCGAUUGUCCUGUUGAAGCAGGUGGCUGAGAGGAGCCCAGAACUUCCGAGGGGCUGUGGCUGAAACGCCGGCCCAUGCAGGCCAUGUGCCGUGGAGCACUGGGAAGGGGCUGUGGCUGCUCUCUGAGGACGACAGUGGGAAAUGCCCUGUUUGCACUCUACACAGCCCAGGGCCGGAUGGCAAACGUACAGAGCUGCAUUUGCCAGCCCAAGCACACAGCCUGCCAACAAACCAGCAGUUGGCUUGCAGGAAGUGUCCCUGCGGGAGGAGGGAAUGGAGCGUUUGAAGAGAAUCUUGCCGCAGGGCUCGGCUUCUUCACAGAGCUGGCACCUGCCCCUUCCCCGUGUUCUGUUGGGGUGCUGGGCACCCGAGGCUCGAGUGCGGGCCCGGCUAUUCUGGCUGGGCCACGUGAAGCCAUCAGCCUGUUCACAGCACCGGGAUGCUAGGCCAGAAUCCACCCACCCAUCACUCUAGCCCAGCCCAGCCUGACUGAGUGGUGGCUUCUCCGCCCACUGGUGGCCUCUGGCUGGAGGAUGGGAUCUGGGAGCCUGUCUUGGUUACAGCUUGGCCUGGCCAAGACACCCCAGGUGAUCUGUCUGGGAACUAACAAAGGUCGGGGCAGAGCAGGUGCCUUCCUGGCUGAGGGGUGCAGCAUUUCCAGUCCCCCAUCGCUGAGCUGCGUAACUGAUGAGCGGGGUUGUGAUCAAUGUUUAAUAAACAAUGAUGGGCAUUUCUCUACAAAGCAGCCGUUCCGCUGAUCUCUUGCAAAGCUCUUGGAGGAUAAGUUGUUUACAGUGUGCCCGAUUUCUGGACAAUAUCUCAGCCAUUCCGUCUGCACCUGAGCUCCAGCCAGGCGAGCCUUGCAUGGAGGGUGCCCUGGUGUUCAGUCCUCCUGGAUCGUGUGUGCACGUGUGUGAAAAGUGGAUGGGUCUGUUGCACUCAUUGAUGCAUAGCUUUCUUUGAGCCACUCAAGAAAACGUGUGAAAAAGAAAAAAAAUCCCCUUCUGCUCAGUCGUGUUGGCGUAUUCCAGGCAUUUGUCCGAGUGCUGAGGUUGGCCCUGGUUCUGGUUCUCAGCAGGGUGGGAUUUAGCUCUGUGUUCCUGGGACACCUCAGGCUUCCUUCCAGACUACAGCCAAGAUCAGGAUGUGGGUUUUAAGCUGGUACACGCUUGUCUAGAGCCUGAGCCCCGCCUGUCAGGCUGUGCCAGGGAAUCUGACCCCCCAUUCACGUGCCCAGGGGGCAGGAACAAUGCCUCAGCAUACAGUUUCAGGUUCCUUACAUUGCGCAGCCUGUCUGGGAGGGGGGCGCGUGACGCUGCCCCUUAUAGUGAGUGACAUGCUCCCAAGAUGUGGGGUGACCCAGCUCAAGAGAAUGCCACAUCCCCUUUCCUGAGGGAGAACCUGCAGGAGCCUGGCUGGUGCAGGAGACAGGAAGGGUGCCGAGGCUUUACCUCUCUUGCAGCUGGGAGGCUGGAGCUGGGGUGGAGGCUAGAGCAGCCAAGUUUGCCUUCGGAUGGCAGCGAGGGGCUCAGCCCAUGCACAGCCAGAUCCUUGGUUGGCACUGAUGCAGGUGCCGGUGCCUUUUGGUUGUUUUUUUUCCUACAAAUGUGACUUACGUGCAUGGGUUUGUAGGAACCGUUCUUGCUCCAGAAUUCACAGCCAGGCUGGCUCCCCCGCAGGGGCCCCAGGAAGGUGCUCGGAGACAGCUGGAAACAGAGUUCUGGACUUUGGGGUGUGGGGGACAACGCUUCGUCUUGUACCCUCCCCUGAUCUUCCGCUGCCACUGGGAUGUUCCCCCGGUCCCAGACUUGUACCCACGUGCUUGGCUGUUUGGAAAUGUGAACUCUUGCACGGACGUGCAGAUUCAAUGUUCUUGUUACUGAAUAAAUUUUUAUUUUGAGGAUGAA